AGUGCUAUACAGUUGUAUUGAAUACACCAAAUCAUAUGGACAUCACAUUCGCAUCGCUUUCCAAAAGAUUCAUAAGAUUUGUUGCUUUUCUGGUUUACUCUUAACAGUAAUUGCAAUCAUAAUAAUAAUAUACGAGAUAUAAGACACUAAUAAUGAUAAUAAGUGGUAAGAAGAGUGAAGUGUUGAGUGGUGUGAGUAGUGAUGGACUAUACGUGAGAAGUGAUGGCCAGUGGUCUAUAAGUCGCUACACAACCGGACUGUGCUCUCAGUUAACGACUGGUCUGUUGUGUUGUUUAGCAGUUGUUGUGUCGAUAGUAUGUCUGAUAAGGACUAUAAGUUUAGAGUACAAAAUAGUAACACUUGAGACCAAUUGUGACAAAUACGAGACUUUGAUACAUAAACUCAUCGCUAACUAUGAUUUACUGGCCAUUAAUGCCAUUCAAGACAAUUAUGACAACUCUCGCAGUGAAGGCACUGUCGGCGCCGAUACUGUUCCCCAUCUCGUUAUGAAUGCCAUCAUUGAGGAGGACCAAACGAGAGGCGGGACAGGAAUGCGGUUGUCCUCCCGGUAA